CUUAAGGCUCGGCCAGCAGAUUUUCAGUUGCGUUUAUCGCUGUCUGAAUAACCCUUCCACAGUUCGGUAAGGAUGCAGUUUCCUGAUCAAUGUUCGGAUGUGCAUACCCUUGUCACCUUCCUGCAUCGGGCUACGUUGCUCCGCCUCGCGAAGGCAAGUGGAGGCCACAUCCAAGGUUGCUCGUUCGGGGCCAAGCAGUGUGCGAUGACGCCCCACUGGAGGAGGCGAUGCCGCGAGUUGGACACCGUGGCAGGAUGGGCAAGGAAAAUAUCACCCGAGAAAGUUCAGAACUUCCUCACCGAGCUCGACGCGGAGCUAGCAGGCCAGAGGGCCUGCACAGAGACGUCGGAGGACGCUGCCAAUCACAACUUCCUGGCAUCUGGAAGGUACGUCGACAUUGGCACGCAGACCCAGGACGGAAGCGUCCACAGCAGCGGCCUCGAGCAGGAGUGCCAGACAGACCUGAAGCUCCACCACUUUGCUCAGGCCGCCAAGCAGAGCUCCAUCUCUGAUGACGAAGUUGCCGACUACGAGACAGAGUUCUUCCCGCACCUCGUCGUGCACAUUUCGCCUGAUGAGCAGGCUACGGAUCCCGAUAAGCAUCAGGGCGGUCACAUUGCCGACGAGGUCAAGCUCUUCGACUGCCGCGCCGACAGCAGCUCUGAGGUCAACACCUUCGAGGUCAGCCACACUGACUGCGACACGGAGGGGGCCCUUGACUGCUACGACGACGGCAGCGCGGGCAAGAGCACCGAGAAGGCCUCGGAUUGGGGCAUUGACAGUUGGGCCUCUGACGAGGAGGCGAAGGACACUUCUGCGCCAACUGAUUCAUGCUCGCUCAUGCUGGACGUCCCAGAUGUAGGCCUCCGCAGUCUCCAUUGUAUUUUCGCCAAGCCGAUUCCGAUGGCUCGAUUGCCCACCGUCACGAGCUACUGCCCUUUGUGUGGAAUCGGAAUCAAGCAGCAAAGGAGGCUGUACAGAGAUCGGCCUCAUCUAUGUGUGGACUGCAGCAGCAAGAGUGUUUAGCAGGCCCCGUUCCUGCUAUAGCUCCACACCCAUUGCCCUUCAUCCAUCUCUGAGCAGAUUGCAUGUGCAAAUCUCUCGUUGGAGGAAUGGGGGAAGGGGGAAUUAUGGGAGAUGGGAUCCGGGAGGCUUCGCUCGCCAGAUAGAGGUCAGACGGCCUCGCGCGUGACCUUCCUGCUCUCUGAAUGUUCUCCCCCACCCAUCGUCCUCCAUCCUGCUAGCCGCGCGAGUAGGCUUUUGGAGUGGGUGGACUGGGGCGGGAAAAGGGGGGGGGCACUCGUUACGACGAUGCUGUCGCCUUUGCGCAGCAUCCUACAUAUCUGCCCUGCCCGAGGCGUCCUCGGGGCGUCCCAAGUUGAGCGGGCUCUGGGCCUCAUCCCCCUUCUCCUCCCCAGAAGCAGAAUGCCAGAACAGGCUUGUUUUCCACAGCCUGCCCAGUUCUCGAGGG